CUGAAACGAAAGUUUAUAAAGUAGAAUUUUAUAAAAAAAAAAAAACACUGCUUAAUUUAAUUAUAAAUAAAUAGAAAAACCAAUGUUUUAUUAUUUAUGGCACGGCUAUCAACAAAAUCCAAAUAUAUCUUGAAAAGAAAAAAAAAAAAAGAUUCGAAAACUCAUCUGUGCUUAAACAAAUUUCCCCCGCCUUAAUUGUUGUAAUGUUCUUGAAUGUUUGUUCUGUCUGUUAAUUUAAUCUAAUGACCCGCUUAAGAAAAAUGUUGCUAUUGUAUUUAAUUGCAAUAUUAGCUUUGGUUCUUACCUAUCUGUUAAUCUACAGAAGAACCACUCUCGACUUUAAAAACAUUCCAUAUUUAAAGACUUCUUUAGACCAUAGUUCUAAGCCAUCUAGAAUUGAUGUAUCCAUAACAGUUGUAGCUUGUGGCUCAAAGCUGGAAGAAACCUUAACAAUGCUCAAAUCAGCACUCAUUUAUAAUACAAUUAAGACAUUUUUAAAUAUUAAAAUUAUAACCGAAGAUGUCUUAAAGCAAAAAUUUGAAUCUCAAUUGAUUAAAUGGCAAAAAGAUUUCCCCAAUCAUUUCUCAUUCGAAUUGUAUUCGCUACAAUUUCCCAAAACGGGUGAAAAAGAUUGGAGAAAUUUGUUUAAACCAUGUGCAGCUCAAAGGCUUUUCUUACCGUCCCUGCUUCGAAAUACUGAUGCUACGUUAUAUGUCGAUACAGACAUUGUAUUCCUGUCUUCGGUGGAAGACAUUUGGUCCCAUUUCAAUAACUUUAAUGCUUCGCAAAUAGCGGGGCUAUCACCGGAGCACGAAGACACACAAAUCGGCUGGUACAAUCGAUUUGCACGUCAUCCAUUCUACGGGCCAUUAGGCGUCAACUCUGGAGUGAUGCUUAUGAAUCUGACUAGGAUGCGCCUAUUCGACUGGGAGAAUCAAAUUCUUCCUCUAUACAAGAAGUAUAGAUCUCAGAUAACGUGGGGCGAUCAGGAUUUAAUAAAUAUUUUAUUUUUCUAUCAUCCUGAUAAACUGUAUAUAUUUCCAUGUAUUUUUAACUAUCGACCAGAUCAUUGCAUGUAUGUUAAUGUUUGUAACAUAACCGAAGGCAUUCGUAUACUUCAUGGCAAUCGAGGAUACUUUCAUUUGAGUAAACAACCUAUUUUUAAGAAAAUCUACGAAACUAUUAGAGAUUUAAAUGUUACGAUACAACAAAAUUAUAAUAAUAGUCUGUCACAUUUUCCAUAUCAAUUAAAUUAUAGUCUUGUAACGAGCUUAGCUAAUAGUUCCAUGUGUUUUAAAAUUAUAAAUAAAAUAGGUAAGCAGCAUAUUCCUGCAUUAACAUAAAAUAAA